AUGGAUAAGCAGGAGCAGCAGUCAGGAACAAACAUUCCGGGUGGCAAUUUCAUUAUAGAUGCGCCCAAGCAGCUUGUCAAGGAGGCGACUUGGAUUCUGCGCCGGUGCGCCAAACCCAACAGAAAGGAGUACCUGAAGAUCGUGCAGGCGGUGGUCAUGGGAUUUUUGGUCAUGGGCUUUGUUGGAUACUUCACUAAGCUCAUUCACAUCCCCAUCAACAACAUCAUCGUCGGUGGUGCGUAA